CCGUCAUCACAUGGUAAACACACAGGCAGUUUUUAUGUUUUCACACGAGAAAACUGCAAAUAACUUUUCUGCAAAUAAACGCGUUAUUUCGCAGAAUUCGGAAUGGUUUUCCAACACGCCGGUCACUCAAGAUUUUGCUUUAUCGAUGAUGCUAUAGCAUGAAAUUCAGCGACCCUUAGAGAGACUCUAUAGAAAUGGACGCAGACGAGCCAGAUGCUCCAAUUAGUAGGCCUGUCAAGGGGGUGCUGGAGAUUCCGACAAUGGUCAUUCACAACAGUUCGGAGGAGAGCACCAAAGGUCAGCGGUCGGGUCACCAGAGGCGAGAGAGUGGCUGGAAAUCGAAAUCCAGCGAGAAACGUAGCACUGGUGGCUCUCGUAAAAUCUUCAAAGGGGAAUCAUCAUCCAAAAGCAACAAGAAAGAUAGCCACAGGACAAAAGAGGGAAUCUUGACAUCUCUCUUGCCUGAGGAUUGCAGGAUUUCAACCCUCUUGCGACGAAUGCACCACGAAAACAACAUGGAAGUGUUCUUUUCCAUCACCGCCACCUUAAAGGAGUCCCUGACGUCUCCCGACAAUAACCGAUACAUCCGCAGAGCCCUCGAAACCAUCACCGAGUCGUUGCUGGACAUUCUGCAAAAUGGGCCAAGCAGUGAUGCCAGGUCGGAAGGUGCUCGGUGUCUUGGAGUUGCUGGCUAUGCCCUAGAUGGAGACGCAAAGAGGUUCUUCGAUUGGAUUUUUACAACUUUCCAAAGAGAAAAAAGGGACGACGUCAGACUCCUCCUCAUUGAAGCUUUGCAGCAUAUGCUGAAGUUGGAGAAAGACCACCCAAAACUGAAUGAUUUGACUGAGGAUUGGGAAUAUUUUGAGAUAACUUUACUGAUUCUGCUUACUCAGCUUCAUGAAAAUCUGGAGUGCACAGAAAAUUCCGAUAUAAUGUGGGCGAUUCUAGAAACCAUCCUUCUCGUAGACAAAACUUACUCCAAAGCGAUCAUCAAGUUCUUCCCUGACAUAGUUGACAUUCUGAUAGGAUGGCACAUUGACAUCUCGCAGCCAGAUGCCGUCAUAAAAAUUGCUUCAUAUGGUCUGAAAGAAUUGAAUCAGUACUGGAUACUUGAAAUUCCAUUCACACUCAACCUCCUAAGCCAGUUUUUAGAAGAUAUGGAGGCUUACAGAGAAGAUCUCAUGCUCACUGUCGAGGGCCAUUCGGACCCAGAAAACACGCCAGAGGAUUUUGUCCAGCGAAUAAAACUCACCAUCCAGGUUUACAACACGGUUGUUCAGUGUCUAGGACAGGAAGCAAAACCUAAGGAAGGUUCAGUGAUAACACCAGCUUUUUGGAGCGAUGGCAUGAAGAGAGUCAUCGAAACUGUUCUUUGUUCAACUGCUCACUCUGCAAUGCAAGAAUCUGUAAUUUUGGCUGCAAACGAAACUGUUCUGAUUUUGCUCGACUUGAUUGGAGGUCUUGGUUGGAAUACAGGUUUGCAUUCAUACAUCAAAAAGCAGUUAGAAAAUAUCCAGACUUUUGCCACCUCAACCAUGAUUUCAUUCUGUGAAACUGUUUCAAAGGCUGUUAGAGAGUGCAGAGUAUAUUUGCCAAUUGAGCUCAUAGGUGAGCUUAUUGGACCACAGUCGCCUUUGCUGAAACUUCGAGAAAGCAGCGAGAAACAAACCACAGCUUUGAUUGGAGUUUAUCACAGUCUUUUGAGUUUGAAAAACAUUCCCCUUCUGCAAGAGACGUAUAGCCUGGUGUUGCAAGAUCUAGAAAAGGCUUACAAGGUGCUGGUACCAGAGGUGGAGCCUUUUGUUCUCGGCAAUGUAUCAAACGGUUUCAAAGAUUACACUCGAGAGGAAGCUGAAAUUGUGGUACUUUUCCUGCUAAACUCGUUGAUCGACAUAGCGAGGGAAAGUUCCAUCAUUGGCAUGUGGGCCUUGAAGCCCACUAUUAUGGAACUCUUGUCGGAGCACCUGGUUCCACACUACAAAAUGCUGAACACCGUCUCUCCAGCCAUUCAGUUUACUCUACUUACCAUUAUGAACUGCCACUGCACAAAGUACAGCAACUUCAUGUCCAGUUCUAUUUUGGUCAAAUCUGGUUCCCAGCACUUUGCUCAGGAUAGUUCUAGUCCAUCCACGGGAUACUUCACCCUUGUAUUGAAGAUUUUGACUGAAACUUUAUCAGAGGAAAACACAGUUUGCCAAGAGGUGAUGCUUUUGUGUCUGCAUUGGAGUAGAGAGCUGAUCUUGCAAGCCAAAUCUUGUAUUGAGAAGUUGCUGACCGCACAUGAAUUUGUGGACCUGCUCAGAGUGAUCAUUGCUGCUGGUGCUACUGUGCAGACGGAAAUUGCUGUUGCAGUGGCAGGAUGUUUAAACAAACUCCUGGAAAUACACCCUCUCACUGGACCUCUGGAUAACGUACUCAUAAGCAUUGUCAAGCUUUGCAUUCUUCACAUGAAUUCUGUUGAUCCUCUGGUGAAAGCUUGUUAUCACGAGGUUUUUCUUCUUUGUCCGUGGACGUGCUCUCUGAAGGAAAUUGAGAAAUUAGAUAAAAGUUUAAAAUCUGGAACAAAGCAAUACGGCUCAACUCUAGUGGACAGAGUAUCCAGGAUACACCACAGCCGUAUAAACAUUGGAGAGUUGAACAGUUUCCAGUUUUCCAAUCUCAUGUCUUACUUACUCCAAGGAUCUGUGCAUAACAAUCAGUGGCUAGUCGACACUUUAAACUUGAGCUUGAUCUCAUCACCGAACAACACAAAUGAAGAAAUAGAAAAGGUGCGAAUCGCAUGCAGUCAUUCCAUCAAAGCUCUUUGGAAAUGGGCAACAUGGCAAGCAGCUCAAUUCACUGUCAAUUCAAAGUUGCGGACUCCACUAGGAAAGCCACAAGACACCUUUUCAGCAAUUGAGAAUGCCAUCAAAGGCUUGGCAAGAGAAUUUGACUGUGACAAAACUACUGAAAAUUUUCAAUCAAAAACCACAAUUCAUGAUAUGACCCAGGCGAGGCUGUUGCUGGAUUUCCUAGAGCAGCUCGAGAAGUCGAUUUACAAUGCAUCACAUGGGUGUUCAGUCGCCAUGCCCAUUGCACCAAAACCUGUUCGACUCUUCUUUUACACCAACAGAUCAGUCUGUGCAGAGUGGAUUACUCGCAUUCGCUGGGCAACAGUCAUGGUUGCAAUCCAUUCCGGCAUGCCCCACGUAGCCGUCAGACAAGGGCUUGUAUUGCUGAGUGAUCUAACCUCUCAACAGCAAAUAUCUCAGGUAGAGGUUGAAAAGGCAACAAUCUUGCUGACAAACUCUUUGCUGCAACUCAAAGAGCCAGAGGCACUUCAAGGCCUGCACAGAUGGUGCAGUGAUAAGACAAGGCUUAGAUUCCCGUGGAUCAAAGCAGCAACGUUGCAAGCAGCUGAAAGAUUUGAGGAUGCAAUCCAAGAGUACUCUAAAAAAGAUGCGUUGCAAGAAAAUGUACCUCCGCACCACCAUGCCAUCAACGCAGAUCAAUUGUGCGAGUGCCUAUUUAGUGAAUCUAAUUGGAGUCAGCUGGAAUUAGUGAAAGAGGAGCUAGGCAAAUAUUGUGGACGCUACGAUACCCUGAUUUCCAGUUCAAUGACCCUUGAGACGGUGAAAAGACUGAGCAACUUUGAGCAACUAAAAUACGAGCGAGCUGAAAAAAUUGAUUUUGACUUGCGCAAACCAAACAAAGUACUAGCUCAAAUAUUAGAGGAAUUUACAACAUUGUCCUUAGAACUGAAAGAGUCACCUACCAAAAAGUCCAGUCAAAUGAUUUCCUUGGCAAACCAAUGCAACAAAGCUCUGCAGAGUUUGCUUGAAGAAAGUUUAAGGCAAAAUUCUGAUCAUAUUUGCCAAGACGUCCUGAUUCUACAGCAAGUAGGCCAAGCUUUGUCCAGUUACAUGAAAGACCCAGCCUCACAAUUUUACAAUCCAUUCCUUCUGGAUUUGGAGAAUAUGAGUUCGCAAGUGCUAAGAAAAGUGCUUUAUUGGAAUAAACUUUUCCAAGCAAUUCGUCAAGACGAUGAUAUGUCCUUAACAUAUCUGACUGCUAGUCGUUUGGCUAGAAAAUCAGGCAAUUACAACAGGGCCAAAAUCUUGCUAACAGAUUACUGGUGCACCAAAAAAGGAAGUGAUGUCGCAAGCUUUGAAACGCUGGAGCCUGAUUUUGGAGUUGACUUUGCUGCUGAAAAAGAAACUGCCAAACUGUUUUAUUGCAUCAACAAAAGAACAGAGGCAAUUGAAAUCCUGUCUAAGAGCACUCUUGAGUUUGCUCAAAUUGCAGUCUCAGACGGUAGCAUUGAAGAUAAAACCGCCGCCUCGGAGCUCGCACUGACACUUGCUAAGAAAUUGGCAAAGUUCACUUCAGCGGAAAAGCAACACAAUGUUCAAAACCUGAACUCGCUCAUGUACUUGCUUCAGUGGGCUGAUAAACGAUCUGUCUGCAUGAUUGCUCUGGGAAUCAAAGUUUCAGAUGCUAUUGGAGAUUCAUUUUCGCGACAACUGUACCAAAUUGCCCUUGAGACUUGCCCAACAAAUGCUAAGGCCUGGUGCCAAUUUGCUGCUUGGAGUUAUCGGCAAGGACGGAAGGCAUCAGACUGGGAAGAGGACGGUUCUGUCCUUGCCAUGCCUUCAGAGGCAGAUCGUCAGAAACUUGCGUCAAUUUUGGAGGUGGAGAGCAAUGAGUUUUUAGUUUCGUCCAUCAUGACCAUUCUACACGAAAGAAGAAAGACAGAAUUAGACGACAAUCAACUUGGAGAUAUUCUGAAAAGCAUGCUAUCAUCAGUAGAAGAGGUUGACAAAAAAGUUUCUCAAAUUGUCUCAUUCUGGAGCCAGAGUUCAAAGAGUCACCUAUUUUACCAGUCGGCAGUGACUGCGUAUUUCAAUUUCUUGCAACUAUAUUCGCUUGAUGACAAAGAACUUGCGGAGGCAGCAUUGACAGCUACUCUGCGACUCUUGAGACUGAUCGUAAAACAUGCAACGUCAUUCCAAGAAGUACUGGAGAAAGGACUGGCAAGCACACCAACCGCUCCAUGGAAGGGAAUCAUUCCUCAGCUGUUCUCCAGACUGAAUCAUCCAGAGCCCUUUGUUAGAAGACGACUUUCAGAGUUGUUGUGCCGGCUUGCUUCAGACGCUCCUCACUUAAUUCUUUUCCCAGCUGUAGUUGGCUGUAGCACAGCAAGUAAAGGGCCCCAGAAAAAUGACAACUUGAUGGAGUCAUUUGUUCAAGACGAGGAGGACGACAUAGAAGAUGACGAAGAAGAGGAUGAGGAGCCUGAAGAUGAAUGCCAAAAUUCAGUUCUCAGAAGCUGCUUUUUGGCUAUGGUUGACACACUGAGCCAGCAGGCACCUGCAAGCAUCAACCAAGUGCGGCUGCUUGUGUCGGAACUGCGCCGCAUCACUGUUUUGUGGGAUGAGUUGUGGUUGGGGUGCCUCAGUCAGCACCAGCAGGAUGUAACACGAAGAUUGUACCAAUUGGAAACUGAACAGAAAAAGCUGGAGGAGAAUUCAAGCUUGGACGAAGCUACAAAAGUCCGACUCAUGAGAGAGAAAUACAACAUAGUUAUGAAGCCGGUGAUAAUCGUCCUUGAGCAGCUGGCAAAGUUGACUUCAUUGCCGGCAGAGACUCCUCACGAGAAGACAUUCCAGACCCUUCACAAAGAAAACAUUUCUAAGGCUCUUGAAGAACUGAAGAAUCCAUCGUUAACGGAAGAGUUGAAACCAGAGCAGUGCUGGCAGCAGUUCAAGGCUUUGCACGCCGAGCUGUUGAGGCAGUCGCAGAAAAAGGCUUACCAGAAUCUCAAACUGAGUGAGAUCAGCCCUCAACUUGCGAGUUUGAAAGACUCUGCAAUCACAAUGCCAGGACUAAGUCAGCCUAUGGUGACCAUUGCUGGAAUUGAAAACUCAGUGUCCAUCCUGCCAACAAAAACAAGACCCAAAAAACUUGCCAUGCAGGGUUCCGACGGAAAGUACUAUGUUUACUUAUUCAAAGGUCUUGAAGACUUGCAUCUAGACGAGCGAAUCAUGCAAUUUUUGAGCAUUACCAACACAAUGCUGCAGUCCAAGACGGGCCCUAAUUACCACGCCUGCUUCUAUUCUGUUGUCCCUCUUGGAAAUCGCAGUGGACUUAUUAGCUGGGUGGACGGCGUCCAGCCUAUCUUCAGCCUCUACAAACGUUGGCAGAUGCGAGAAGCGGCAGCAAAGCAACUUCGACAACAGCAAAUUUCCUCCUCGGCUCCCGUUGUGCCUCGACCUUCAGAGCUUUUCUACAGCAAACUUUCUCCUUUGUUGGCUGAGCAGAAUAUCCCGAUUGAGAACAGGAAGGAGUGGCCUCAUGCAAUGCUGAGGCAGGUUCUCGUUGCUCUCAUGAACGAAACUGCCAACGACCUCUUGGCAAAGGAGCUUUGGUGUACAAGCACAGAUUCGGGCAACUGGUGGACGGUCACCAAGACUUAUGCCAGAUCUGUGGCUGUAAUGUCAGUCAUUGGCUACAUCAUUGGCUUGGGAGACAGGCAUUUGGACAAUUUACUCGUCAACUUGACCACUGGAGAGAUCGUCCAUAUCGACUACAAUGUAUGCUUUGAAAAGGGACAAACGCUGCGUGUACCUGAAAAAGUUCCAUUCAGGCUGACACCAAAUCUUCAAACGGCUCUUGGAGUAACGGGCGUAGAGGGAAUUUUCCGCUUGAGUUGUGAACAUGUUUUGCGUACCAUGAAGUAUGGUAGAGAAACUCUUUUGACGCUGCUGGAAGCCUUUGUUUACGACCCAUUGAUUGACUGGACGCCAGACAAUGAAGCUGGCUAUACAGGUGCUGUGUUUGACGGUUUGAGUCAACGAACAGAGAUGGAGGUUCACAGACCGAGCAGGCGGGAGCUAGAGCGUGAAGCGGCUCUCGGAAUGCUGUCAGUGCGGGCGACUGAGAUUAAAGCUCCAUGGGGAAAGAACAAAGUCGAGUUGCUGGAGGCACGAACACACCUGUCUGAUAAGUUGCACAAGUGGAUACUGAUUUGCAUGGAGGUCCAGAAGAUACAGAAUGCUGUGCAAGAAGCUCACCAGCAAAUGUCUGUGUUGAAAGAAGCUGCUGCAGUUGGCCCCAACCAUCCAAUCUUUACACUGCAUGAACGAAAUGUUAAUUACAUGAGAGUGGAGGGUGCUUUAGCAAAUGUUGAGGUGCAGCUGAGGAAAACGUUAGAAGAAACAAAGACAAAUAUAAGCCGCAUCCAGUCUGCUGUCAUUGCCAUCAAGACCACAGGCGAGGUUAGGCUUUGGGCCAACGAGCUUCAGGCAAUCAAUCAGAUUGAGAGCCAAGAGCUCUUUGACUUGGUACGCGAAUUCCUUAAUUCAGCUGGCCAAUCAUCGAUUCUGGAACAGUGUGAACGUGUUGAGCGCCAGUACAUCACAAUUGUGCAGCAAAUGCAAAAUACCCUGCGCGGGGGCUUGGACUUAUUGGGGCAAUUUGGAAUAAUUUCUUCUCUGCUGUCACCAGCUCAACUGCAAUGCCAACACACAAGCCUACAUGCCAAAAUUGCCGAAGACCUUCUGCAGAACUUGAGUGCGGAGCGGUGUCGAGUGGCCAUGUCACAACUCAACAAACAUGCUAUGCAAGUGAAUCUUCCACCCAUGGAGUACUUGGUCAACUACCAAGCCCAGCUGCAGGUUGCCACCAAACAUGCUGCGGCUCGUCUGCAGAAGCUGUACAAAAAGUCCGAGGAAGAACCCAGAUUGCAGUUGGCGAUGAUGAAAGAGCAGCUGCUGCAGCUCACGGAAGAGAACGGAAAAGCUGUCGCAAUUGCAGUUGCACAAAAAUUGUCUGCACUAAACACAAGCAUCUUGGCGCUUGAAGCUGCUGCUGCAAAUACAGGAGAAAGUCUAGUCGAUUUGACUCUGAGAGAGGGUGAGUGGUUUUUGGACAAGAUGGUUCAAAUCAGCGGGUUAUCUGUCGAGCUGGCGCAAGUUUUGCCCAUGAUCCAGCCACAUUCUGACAUACUUGGCAAUGCAAUUGCUUGUCUGGUGGCAAGCAAUGCUGUAUAUAGAGAUUUAGAGGAGUUGAUUUGGAACACCAGCAGUAUUAUCGCUCCCGAAACAGUCAGUGCGUUAACAACUGAGGAACCGUCGGUCAUUGCUGCUGUUGUUGGGCUGAGAGAUUUGAUUGCAUCUGCCGGGCGUCCAUUAACUGACAUUGCCAAAGAGCUGGAGGUCAACUUGAAAUAUCUAGCUUUGGAACUACCUGUACCCCAUCCAAAAUCUCAAGAGAUUUGUUCCAUUUUGAGAAGCAACUUUUCCAGUUUGAUUCAUCAAGAUCUGAGUGAGCAUUUGAGCCCAGGACAAAAACUGCUUAUGGGCUUCAGCGGACUUUUUGAACGUCUUCAGAAAGAUGCCAGAAAGCUUAUGGCUGCUUUGCGGAUUGUCAAUGUUCCACAAUCAUGGCUGAGCUUCGAUCAACUGAACAAAGCAAGAGGCCUGAGUUGGACAGUGAGAAGAGAGUUUUCCCUGAGCCUCGUUGAGGACAUGUUCCUGGUAAAGAUGCUGCAAGUGAUGUUUGACGUCUUUUCCUUGGCGCAGCAAUCUGCUCACGCCUUCCAUGGACUUCAAGAAAUUGCUGUUUCCAACCUGAUCAGUGAUGAAAACCUCAUUCAGCCUGUCAAGCGUUACUGCGCCGAUUUCAUUCGCCUGCAACUGAUAGGUCUUCAGCCUGAAGCCGUAAUUGUGCUUGUGUGCACCGCUGUGGAAGAAAUACUUGGUGUGAACCUGACAGAGAUGGUUGAACAGAAAGAGGUUGGAGCGGAAAGCAGGGUCAGUCUCGAAGACAUCUUUGCGUCGUUGGCAACCAUCGAGAGUCAGCGGCCGUUGACCCUGCUAGGAGAAAUGGAGUUGGGCUGGCGAAACAAAGAGUCUUUUGCUCUGGUCAAAAAAGAACUGAACGCUGCUCAGGCCUACUAUCAGCAGUUGCAACUGAAGAUGACGGUGCAUGCUUGGAUUAAUGACUUCCCACAGACUGGUCGACCUGUGUUUGUGGCAAAUUUGAAUAAAACAUUGCGGAACAUCAUCGCACUCCAACCAGGUCUGAUCGAGGUAGCUGAGCAGCACAAAUCUCUUGUUGAAAACAUUGUUCAAAGGUUGAAAUGGGCUGCUGGCGCUAACCCAACUUUGGCUGAGGUUUUGGCCGCUUUUAAAAAUUCGAGCUCUGGAAGGACGGAGAAAUUGCUUGGGCUGCAAGUGUUGUCCUCCAAAAUUGUGACUGCCUGCUCUGGAAUUCUGCACCUGGAAAGCCUGAGAAACAACACUCAAGAGGCUCUGGCUGUCAACACCAGUUUGCUGCAACUUCUCGGCAAGUGCGAGCAAAACCUUGUUGUUGUCGAAGCAGCCGGUCCGUACUCAUUGACGUCCGUGGAAAAAAAUCUAGCCAAGUUACUGGUUCCCAAUCAAUCUGUGGAUACAGCGUGGCUUCAGAGUGCUGAGAAGCAAGUUUCAAACCAGAUAAUUAACAGCACUACCCAGUUGAUGUCUGAGAAGACCAAGCAAAGCGCAGCCUUUGCUGAAAUUAAGAGCACCACUGCCGAGCUCAGGUCGGUGCUGACAAACCACCACAGCCUCAUGAGCAGCGUGAGACCAUUGCUGAGGACAUUGGCUAAGCCUGGGGAAGGACGAGAGACGCUUGGCAAGUACGUGGGUCAAUACAAAAAUUUUUCGGAGGAGUUUUCUGCUGUUGUCCAGUGCUUGGCCCUGGACGAACUUGACCCCAACCAAGGAAAAGCUCUUCUACAUCAACUCAGUGCACUGGAGAAAAUGAUUGACGAUGUUUACAACGGACUAAUGGACAUACCAGCUUUGAGCCAAUCUGAAGAGCACAUAAGACACUCAUUUGUGCGCCAGGAUAGUAUUGCAAAUCAAGAAACAAUCCCAGGAACUGAAAAGCAGAAAAUUCCCCAAGAGAGGAAUGCAUUUGCCAUGGGUGUACUGCGGAGAGUGAAGGCCAAGCUAGAAGGCAGAGAUCUCGAUCCAGGCAAAGCCAUGUCUGUGCAAGAGCAGGUGGAGCUGAUCAUCAGCGAGUCGACCAGUCUGGACAACCUGUGCCAGCACUACGAAGGAUGGACACCGUGGGUGUGAAGCAGAACCUGCCGCGCGCCCGACCGUGGCUUUGAUUUUCCCGCAGAAACACAAAUCCAGACACGCAAGGCAUCAAGAGGUCUCGGUGGCCACCGCUGGUCACAUCCCAGCAUGGGCCGUUCGAUCGAGAGCACUUUGGAGUGCAGAUUCCUCUCCUUACAGCUCUGGAGCAUUUUCUUGCAACUCCGCGCAGAGUUUUGAAAGAAAACAUAUAAUUACUAAUCUAAAAAUAUUUUUUUGAACAUUUCCUAUUUCCCACUGUAGUCCUUCUUGCUUCCACGAUAAGGAUUCGACAAAACUUAAAUAAUUGUUUAGUAGUGCAAAAAAAGCAUUUCUUUUAAUUUUUGCUUUGUCUUUUUACUUUUAAUUGCCCCAUUUUUAGUGAGUAGGUUGGUAGCUUGUGUCUCAACAAUGAAAUCUGUCAAAACUUGCCUUCUGUUUCGCUUGUGUUAAAAUACAUGUAGAUGGAGAAAAACAUAAAAAUAAAAGUUUCAAUAUAUCUCAUUGACAAUUUUGAA